AUGAAGCAGGACCGUGACUCCCACAUCAGCGCCACGAACAAAAGAAAGGCCGCCACCGUGCUGACAUCAUGGAGCAAAACUCCACCGUUCAUUGUGCCGCGGAGACCCGUCCACGCCCAGGGCGCUGAUCAGGUGCUGAGAAUAAUUCCCAGCAGUCCCAGUGAGAUCCAGUUUAUCAAACAGCUCUUCCGCAACGUAUCGGUUGACCUCUGGCAGCCCAGCAGCGCUUCUCUCAUCCAGCAGGACGUCGCAGUGGACGUCCACGUGGGCCGAGACGGGACGGCGGAUCUCAAAGUUCUCCUCGGACAGGCCGACAUUCAUCAUGAAGUGCUGAUUUCUGACGUCCAGAGGGAAAUGGAGAAGCAGACGAAGUUCCAGUCCAACAGAAAACGCCGAUCGGUUUUCCAGUAUGAUUAUGAGGUGUAUCACACACUGGAGGAGAUCCAGAACUGGAUGUUCGAAAUAAAUCAGACCCACCCGCACCUGGUGGACCUGUUUUCUAUAGGACGCUCCUAUGAAGGACGUCCUCUUUACGUGCUCAAGUUGGGAAACAAAGCUCGGGCACAUAAGAAGGCCAUGUGGAUGGACUGUGGGGUUCACGCUCGGGAGUGGAUCGGACCCGCUUUCUGCCAGUGGUUUGUCAAGGAAGCCGUGAACUCGUAUCAGCACGACCUGAGCAUGAGACGUCUGCUGAAGAACCUCAACUUCUACAUCAUGCCCGUCUUCAACGUGGAUGGAUAUCACUACAGCUGGAAGACGGACCGUUUCUGGAGGAAAACACGGUCCAAAAUCCCUAAAUAUCACUGCCGGGGUGUCGACGCCAACCGAAACUGGAAAGUAAAGUGGUGUGACGAAGGCGCCUCCACGCACCCGUGUGACGACACCUACUGUGGUCCGUUUCCCGAAUCCGAGCCAGAGGUGAAGGCCGUCUCCAGGUUCCUGCGUAAGCACAAGAAGCGAGUCCGUGCCUACAUAUCCAUCCACGCCUACGCUCAGAUGCUUCUCUACCCGUACUCCUACAAAUACGCCACCAUCCCUAACUUCAGCUGCGUGGAAUCAGCUGCUCAGAACGCCGUGAGUGCUCUUUACUCAGCGUAUAAAGUGAAAUACAGAUACGGCCCGGCCUCCACCACGCUGUACGUGAGCUCCGGCAGCUCCAUAGACUGGGCCUACAGGAACGGCAUACCGUACGCUUUCGCAUUCGAGCUGCGCGAUACGGGUUAUUAUGGUUUCCUCCUGCCAGAGACCCUGAUCAGCCCCACAUGCACCGAGACCAUGAGGGCAGUGAGGGCAAUCGCCUUGGGCCUGCUGAAGAAAUGUGCCGGAUGAUUACCGCUUACUUCUUUGAGGCUCUUACUGUAAAGAUGUGUGAAACAAGGACGUAGACACAAAAAGGAGGCUUUUUGAAGCCGGGAUUUAUUAAAAAAAAAAACAUUGCAAAAGUGUACUGUCGAUAUUUAUUUACAACCUAGAGUAAAUUAUUGUGCCUUUACCUCAUGCUCUGUUAUUCUGAAAAUGCCUUUUUGCCUGACAGAAAAGCACUUUCACAUAAAUCUUACAGAAAAUGUUCUAUGUUUGUGAAAAUCAUGCCACUCUGAGCACUUGCCGGAGCACCAACUUGGCUUCUGUGUAGUUCACAAGACCAAAGAGUGUAAAUAAUGUGUAUUUUCUUUAUUGUUAUGUAUUUUUCUAUAUUUCUAUAAUAUUUUUUUAUGUCUUCUAAAUAAUAAAGCUGUAACAGGACUGAA